AGCGGAAAGCAUUGGCCAUAUAAAUGUCAUCUGUCACUCUACAAACUUCAUCUGUGUAAUGUCAAGAUAGAAAAAUAUAUUUGAAAUCGAAUCGAUUAAAGUUUUCCAACAUGGCUAGCAGUCUAGCUAGAAUACAUUUUAAUUUAAAGUCGCAAAUUUCGGCUGUUCCCGUUUGGUGUGUCCGUUAUCAAGGAACACAGGCACCUCCUCCUGGUACUCCGCCACCACAAACUAAGACCAAGUUUGGACCACUCGCUGAUCAAGACCGCAUAUUCACCAACCUUUAUGGACGACAUGACUGGCGCUUGAAGGGAGCCUUGAAGCGAGGAGAUUGGUACAAAACAAAAGAAAUAGUUUUGAAGGGACCCGACUGGAUCAUUAAUGAAAUCAAGACAUCAGGUCUUCGAGGACGUGGUGGAGCGGGUUUCCCUAGUGGUAUGAAAUGGUCAUUCAUGAACAAACCUUCUGACGGCAGGCCAAAGUAUUUGGUUGUUAAUGCCGAUGAAGGAGAGCCCGGAACAUGCAAGGACAGGGAAAUCAUGAGACACGACCCCCACAAGCUUGUUGAGGGUUGUCUGAUUGCUGGCCGUGCAAUGGGAGCUCAAGCCGCUUAUAUUUAUAUUCGAGGAGAGUUCUAUAACGAAGCCUCUAAUAUGCAAUUGGCUAUUGCAGAAGCCUAUCAGGCUGGUUUGAUCGGUAAGAACGCAUCCGGAUCUGGAUAUGACUUCGAUGUAUUCAUGCACCGAGGUGCCGGAGCUUAUAUUUGCGGAGAGGAAACUGCUCUCAUUGAAUCGCUCGAAGGAAAACAAGGCAAACCCAGGCUAAAGCCACCUUUCCCAGCUGACGUUGGUGUAUUUGGAUGCCCCACUACUGUAACUAAUGUCGAAACUGUGGCUGUUGCGCCAACUAUUUGCCGAAGGGGUGGAGCUUGGUUUGCUAGUUUCGGUCGUACCCGAAACUCUGGAACUAAGUUGUUCAAUAUUUCCGGACAUGUGAAAAAUCCUUGCACUGUCGAGGAAGAAAUGUCGAUUCCACUCAAAGAACUAAUUGAAAGGCAUGCCGGUGGAGUGACUGGCGGCUGGGACAAUUUGCUAGGAAUAAUUCCAGGUGGUUCCUCCACACCUGUGAUCCCAAAAUCAGUUUGUGAUGAUGCUAUCAUGGAUUUCGAUGGUCUUAUUGCUGCCCAAACUUCUUUGGGAACAGCUGCUAUCAUCGUUAUGGAUAAAUCAACCGAUAUCAUCAAAGCCAUUGCCCGCUUGAUAUCUUUCUACAAACACGAAAGUUGUGGACAGUGUACUCCAUGUCGCGAGGGCAUUGGUUGGAUGAACAAAAUUAUGGCUCGUUUCGUCGCUGGAAAUGCUCAGCCAUCCGAGAUUGAUAUGUUGUGGGAAAUUUCUAAGCAAAUUGAAGGACACACUAUUUGCGCCCUUGGUGAUGGUGCAGCUUGGCCAGUACAAGGUCUCAUAAGGCAUUUUAGACCCGAAAUCGAAGCAAGAAUGAAGCAACAUGCAGGAAAAUCUGCUGCUAAGGCUUAAGAUGUUGGCAUUGUAUUAAUGAAAAUAAAUUGCUGUUGUUUUUGCUUAAAGUCUUAAUAAUUCA